UUUACUAAUCUACGGCUGUUAUGAUUUCACAAGGAUCAUGUUACAAACUUACAAGCCCAGAUCGCAUAACGGGCCUUAAUCCGUACUUUAGAAAAAGAAAAGGUAUAAAUGUCUUUGACAAUAAACGUGUUCUAUUGGUUGAUACAUGUUCACAUGGAUCGCUAUUUGGAAAGAGUAAAAUUAUCCGUAGGAUUCACAAAAUCUACGGCUAUUAUCACUUUCACGCGGAUCGUGACAUAAGUUCUUGUAGCCGUCGAUUAAAACCAAAUGAACGAUCAAGAUUUAGUACCGCUAAAACAACGAAAGCGAAAUCUUUUUUCCCGCUUCUUGUUAUUCCCUGACGAUAAUAAAUACUCUCUUCCUCUAACCAAAAUAUUCACUCACAAACCAGAUCUCAAUCUUCUACCUCUUUUCUCUCGAAACCAAUCGCAAUGGCUCGCACCAAGCAAACCGCAAGGAAAUCAACCGGAGGCAAGGCUCCAAGGAAGCAGCUAGCCACAAAAGCCGCAAGAAAAUCAGCUCCAGCCACCGGAGGAGUGAAGAAGCCACACAGAUUCAGACCAGGAACCGUUGCUCUAAGGGAGAUCAGGAAGUACCAGAAGAGCACCGAGCUUCUCAUCCGCAAGCUCCCGUUCCAGAGGCUAGUGAGAGAGAUCGCUCAGGAUUUCAAGACCGAUCUCCGUUUCCAGAGCAGCGCCGUCGCCGCUCUCCAGGAAGCCGCCGAGGCGUACCUCGUCGGACUGUUUGAGGACACUAACCUCUGCGCGAUCCACGCCAAGAGGGUGACGAUCAUGCCUAAGGACAUACAGCUCGCUAGAAGAAUCAGAGGCGAGAGGGCUUAAGAUCUUUGUCUAUGGUUGUUGCAUCUGUUUGAAUGAAUGAGUGAUGAAUUGUAUAACUUCAAGUUUAUUAUAAGAACAUUGGAUCCGGUUUAAA